UCACCGUCUUAACCCCUCAAUAGGAGGGGCCUCUCUCUUCUCUUUCUCUCUCUUCUUUUUCUUUCUCUCUCUUUUCCUCCUCCUCUCUAGCAUUGAGGCUGAGAACAAACCAGACCAUCCAUAGCCAACACCACCAUUCACGAAAAGCAGCAAAAACAACAACAAAAACAAUAACCAAAACCCUCUAAAUCCUUGUAAUUUCCAUUAUUACAUAUCUCCUGCACCGUGGAUCUCCAGAAAGCCUAUCAAAAACCACCUUUCUCAUUCCCAAAAAGAGAAAAAAAAACUCAUGCAGAACCCAGUAGAUCUUAAUCAAUAUCUCAUCGACCCAUAUUGUAUUUUCUCAUUUUUUUUGGAAUUUGUAAUAAAUAAGUUGAGAUUCAUCAUUUUGGUUAUCGGAUCGACCCGUAUCGAGCUGAUUUGAAUUGUGUUGAUCUGAUUGUUUCUUUGUGCUUUGAUUUGAUGGAGAAUUGAUGAGAUGGGUUGCUUGGAAUCGGGCGAAAUUAGGGUUUGAAAAUGCCCGGUCUCAUGCAGAGGAAUGCCCAAUUUGCGUUCACUUCUUACUCUAAUGUUUCUGGAUCAGUUUCUUCUAAUGGAAUCUGGUCCAGGCGCCAUGAUGAUGUUACAUUAGAGCAGCUGCAUAAGUUUUGGAGUGAGUUACCACCAAAUGCUCGACAAGAACUUUUGAGGAUAGAUAAGCAAACUCUCUUUGAGCAGGCUCGCAAGAACCUAUACUGUUCAAGGUGCAAUGGCCUACUACUUGAAGGAUUUUAUCAGAUUGUUAUGUAUGGGAAGUCUCUCCAACAAGAAGGAGGAAGCCUUAAUCUUCUUAGCAAGCCAGGGGUGUGUAGAAACCCCAGUGAGAAUGGUUCGGGAGCAAUGUUUACAGGCAGCCAAGAUGAUAUACGUGACCCAGCGAUUCAUCCUUGGGGUGGACUUGCAACUACUAGAGAUGGAAUAUUGACUCUCUUAGACUGUUUCUUGGAAGGGAAAUCCCUUGAUGGCCUUCAGAUUGUAUUUGACAGUGCACGAGCAAGGGAACGGGAGAGAGAGUUGCUUUAUCCAGAUGCAUGUGGAGGGGGAGGUCGUGGUUGGAUAAGCCAAGGCAUGGUGAACUAUGGGCGAGGGCACGGAACAAGGGAAUCAUGUGCCCUGCAUACUGCGAGGCUUUCGUGUGAAACCCUAGUGGACUUUUGGUCGGCAUUGGGCGAUGAGACACGCCUAUCUCUCUUGCGUAUGAAAGAAGAAGACUUCAUUGAGAGACUUAUGUACAGGUUUGACAGCAAGAGGUUUUGCAGAGAUUGCAGAAGGAAUGUGAUGCGUGAGUUUAAGGAGUUGAAGGAGCUGAAACGCAUGAGAAAGGAGCCACAGUGCACCAAUUGGUUCUGUGUUGCAGAUACAGCUUUCCAGUAUGAGGUGUCAAACAGCAUGAUCCGAGCUGAUUGGCGUCAGUCCUUUGCAGAAAUGGCUGUCACUUAUCAUCAUUUUGAGUGGGCAGUCGGAACAGGAGAGGGAAAAUGUGACAUUUUGGGAUUCGAGGAUGUUGGUAUGAGUGGGAAUGUUCAGGUAGAUGGGCUUGAUCUUGGGGGCUUGAAUUCAUGCUUUAUUACAUUGAGGGCCUGGAAGCUAGAUGGUCGGUGCUCUGAGAUCUCUGUGAAGGCACAUGCAUUGAAGGGCCAGGCAUGUGUCCAUCGAAGGCUCAUUGUUGGUGAUGGGUUUGUUUCAAUAACAAAAGGUGAAAGCAUCAAAAGAUUCUUUGAGCAUGCUGAAGAGGCUGAGGAGGAAGAGGAUGAUGAUUCCAUGGACAAGGAUGGUAAUGAGUUGGAUGGUGAAGGUUCUCGGCCUCAAAAGCAUGCAAAGAGUCCUGAACUUGCCAGAGAAUUCCUUUUGGAUGCUGCUACUGUUAUUUUUAAAGAACAGGUCGAAAAAGCUUUCAGAGAAGGUACUGCACGCCAAAAUGCACACAGUUUAUUUGUUUGUCUUGCCCUAGGGUUGUUGGAAGAGCGUGUUCAUGUUGCCUGCAAAGAGAUUAUUACACUAGAAAAACAGAUGAAGCUCCUUGAAGAAGAAGAAAGAGAAAAGCGUGAAGAUGAAGAAAGGAGAGAGAGAAAGAAACUAAAAGAGAGAGAAAAGAAGCAGAGAAGAAAGGAGAAACUAAAAGGAAAAGAAAAGCAAAAGGAGAAGGCUGCUGAACAGAGCCCUACUUCCACUGAUACAAGAGUGCCUGCAUACAAUUCUUCCUUGACUAUUGUUCAAGAGGAGUCCACUCUAUCUCUAAACUCAGGCAACAUUGAAACUGAAGAUGAUUUGCCAUCAAUAUUGGUCCCUUUAGAUAACACAGAUACCCCACCAUCAGCUGAAAAUACCAUUUCAAGACAUUAUAACCAUAAAACUAACAACACGAGGCAUGCAUCUGGUUAUGUUGAAGUGGAUUUUAGUGGGAGGGAAAAUAACGGUUUUCUUAUGAUAGAGCAAUCAAAAUAUUCAAGGCGGAAGUUGAAGCCUCGAAAGGAUUCCUCGUUAGAGCCACCUUCAAAAUGGUUCCCUCGACGAGGAUCAAAUUCAGACCAGGUCGAAGAUUCUGAGACAAUGCCACAUAAUCAUAUGGGAAACCCUAGGUCAACCAAUGGAGUUCACAGGCAACAGAGAAGUAAUUUUCCAAAGAUCAACACAAGAAGUUAUGCUCCCAAGCAUAAUAGUGAGAAGUCCCACUGUUCUAAUAGCAGAUCAUGGGAUAGAUAUGACUCUCAUUCAUGCAGCUGUAACCCUCAAAGUGACUCUAGAUUUAGAGAUGGACAAAACCCAUCUAUUACUCGAACAGGUAAAGAGAUGAAGAUGGGGAAUAAGUCUGAACCAGCAAUGGAUAUGACCAGGCCAUAUUACCGAAGCAACAAGUAUAAUAGUGGUGGUUGCUUGAGAGAUGGUAAUGGAGUUCCUAAAGGUAGGCCUGUGAUGGGGAGUAUUCCUGUCAGAGGGGAUGCUUCGCACAUUAAAAAAGUAUGGGAACCUCUUGAUCCAUGGAGGAGAUGCCCUAAAAGCUCCUUGGACAUGAAUAUGAAUGGAUGCCAAUCUGAGAACACCAUGAAAUCCGUGUCAGAACGAAAGGAUUUGUCUAUAGUUUCUGAAACUUCAGGUGAAUAUGAGAAUGCCAGAAAGGUUGAGCUUGGAAGUUCGAAGGAUCUCAUUGACUCGAGCUCUGAGGCUGGCCAUAAAAGGGAACCUGAAGAUGGGUCAGUGGCAUCUCAUCAAAAUUUUGACAUUAGUGGGGAGAACGAAGAUGGGUUAAUGGCAUCUCAUCAGAAUUUUGACAUAAAAGCUAAUGGGGAAGCUAGGAGUGCUCCUGAUCCCACUCUUAAUAGCACAUCUGGUUCAGAUAAUGGCUCAUCUUGUUCUAGUGAGGGAGAUAGCAGCUCUUGUCCUUUGGGUUCCCAAAAUGCGGAAUGCUCUUCAGUGUCUGACUCUGAGGAGACCACUCAAUCUGAAGGUAGAGACUCAUGCAGUGAGAAUGGGUUUAGAGCGUGUUCAGAUAUCGGAAUGACCCAAGAUUUAGAAGCGACUCUACCAAUUGAGCAACCCGUAAAGCCUAUUUCUUCUGAUAACAAUAAGAGCCUUCCUUAUAGCACAACUGAGAUGAGACCUUCUCCGCAUCAUGUGCAUCCAGUGCCCAACCCAACCAUGGCUAUGCCUGUAUUUCCAGCCCACUCAAUGGGGUACUAUCAGAGCUCCACUCCUUGGGCCCCAUCUCCUAAUGGCUUGGUUCCUUUUAUUCAGCCCAGUGGACUCCUGUUCUCAAGCCCACUUAGCUAUGGACUACCUCAAAGCAGAUCUUCGCGCUUUUGUACCCCAUAUGGAACUCUUCAACCUUUUAACCCUAUAAUCAAUAAUGUGGGCCAUAUUCCAUCAUUCCCAAUGAAAACCAGUGCUGUGAACCCAAAGGAGCAAACAAAGAAUUUGAAGUUUGAGGGGCUUGAAAGUGGCGUUAGGGGGUUCUCUUAUGAAGCAAGCGUGCCUCAAAAGGUACCUGAGAGACCAUUCUCGAAAACACAUCUAUCCUCUGAAGGCUUAUUAUCAGGACAAGAUGGAAAUGACGGGAAGCCCCAAACACUUGCGAACACAAACUUUUCAUUUUUUCACUUUGGUGGUCCAUUAGCAGCUGGAGAAGGGUACAACCCAGUUCCGAUACCAUUGAAAGAGGAGAUAGUUGGUGAUGAAAACAAUAAGAGAGAUUCAAUUCUUGAAGAAUAUAGCCUAUUUGCAUCAGGAAAUGGGAACAGAUUUUCGUUCUUCUGAUGCUGCAAAGACUUUAGGUUCAAUUCCCGUUGAGGUAUUGGGGAAAAGUUUUUGUAUUUGUGAUUAGAUAGAUGGCAUUUUUCUCUAUACAAAUAUUUCAUCUUUGUUUCCACUCAGUUGUGGUGUCUUUCAUUUUAUUCUGAUUGUAAUGAUUGAGAGAGUGGCGUGUUGUUAAAUUUUCGUUGUAUGAGGUGAGUUUUCAGUGGUAGUGAAGUAUUUUUUUUUGGCCGUCUGUCAGCAAUUCUUGGCCCAAACGUCUGUCAGCAAUUCUUGGCCCAAAAAAUUCCUGAGAUUAUGAUGUUCAUUGGUUU